ACCGUGAGUUAGAAUAGACUCUACAGCAGCUGUCUCUCUAUCCAUCCACCUACCCACCCAUCCGUCAUCCAUCCAUCCAUCCACCCAUCCAUCGGUAGCUUAAGAUUGCCCUGCCAGGGUCCCUUCAUCUGUGCUGGGAACUCAGGACUCACCACAGAUGAAGACCAUAGAAGUCACACUCCUUGGAUCCUUCCUGGACCUCCCCUUGGACAAUGCAGUCUCAGCAAACCUGUCUAAGGAGGACCCUAUCCCAAGGAAGGACGAGCUUCAGCCUCUUUCUAAAAUCUGCCUCUCCCCUUGUAUCCCCCAGCUGGGAAGGCAGGAGUGUGCCUUGCCCUGUAUUCAGGAGCACCAUCACUACCUGCCUGGAAAUGUGCAGUAGAGACCAACUGCAAAUUAAUUUAUUAGGGACCUGGCUUUUGUUCCAGGGUCCUCCUAAAGUAAGGCUUUCUGUAGAAGGAGCCCGUGGCUCAAGCCCAGAGGAGGCAGUCUGACAGGGGAUGGAGGUUCCCAAACACAGAGAUGAACAGAUCGGAUGCCCUUUGAAGUACUGCACACACUAGAUAAAGUUCUUAGUUAAAUAAACAACGUGGACCCUGCUGAGAUACUACCAACUCGAGGUUGAGCAUGGAAACCCUUAUUUGGUGUAGGGAUAGAGAGCAUUGCCUUUAUCAGCCUCGAAGGAAACAGAAGCCCGUUCUGUCCCCGGCGUUCAGGGCAGGGGGACUCGCUUGGGGCCCAGCCCCUUCCACAUGGCAGAGGAAGAGCAUCUUCGGAAAAAGAUUUACAAAUACAAGAAAGUCUUGAGCAACCCGAGCCGUUGGGAAGUCGUCUUGAAAGAGAUCCGCACUCUGGUGGACAUGGCGCUGACAUCCCCUCUGCAGGAUGACUCCAUCAACCAGGCCCCACUGGAAAUAGUCUCCAAACUGCUCUCAGAGAACACGAAUUUGACUACCCAAGAGCACGAAAACAUCAUUGUGGCCAUCGCUCCUUUGCUAGAAAACAACCAUCCACCACCAGAUCUCUGUGAAUUCUUCUGCAAGCACUGCAGAGAGCGGCCCCGGUCCAUGGUGGUCAUCGAAGUGUUCACCCCUGUGGUCCAGAGAAUCCUCAAGCAUAACAUGGACUUUGGGAAGUGCCCACGACUGAGGCUGUUUACUCAGGAGUACAUCCUUGCCUUGAAUGAGCUCAAUGCGGGGAUGGAAGUGGUGAAGAAGUUCAUUCAGAGCAUGCACGGCCCCACGGGGCACUGCCCCCACCCCCGGGUCCUGCCCAACCUGGUGGCCGUGUGCCUGGCUGCCAUCUACUCCUGCUAUGAAGAGUUCAUCAACAGCCGAGACAACUCCCCCAGCCUGAAGGAGAUCCGGAAUGGCUGCCAGCAGCCAUGUGACCGGAAGCCCACCUUACCCCUGCGCCUUCUGCACCCCAGCCCGGACCUGGUGUCUCAAGAAGCCACGCUGUCCGAGGCACGCCUCAAGUCGGUGGUCGUGGCCUCCAGCGAAAUCCACGUGGAGGUGGAGCGUACAAGCACUGCCACGCCGGCACUGACGGCCAGCACGGGUAACGACAGCGAGCCCAACCUCAUCGACUGCCUCAUGGUCAGCCCCGCCUGCAGCACCAUGAGCAUCGAGCUGGGCCCCCAGGCCGACCGUACGCUUGGCUGCUACGUGGAGAUCCUCAAGCUGCUGUCGGACUACGACGACUGGAGACCGUCUCUGGCCAGCUUGCUUCAACCCAUUCCAUUCCCCAAAGAAGCUCUCGCACACGAGAAGUUCACCCAGGAACUGAAGUACGUGAUCCAGAGGUUCGCGGAAGACCCACGGCAAGAGGUCCACUCAUGCCUGCUGAGCGUGCGGGCCGGCAAAGACGGCUGGUUCCAGCUCUACAGCCCUGGGGGGGUAGCCUGUGAUGAUGAUGGGGAGCUGUUUGCCAGCAUGGUGCACAUCCUCAUGGGCUCCUGUUACAAGACCAAAAAGUUCCUGCUCUCCCUGGCGGAAAACAAGCUGGGACCCUGCAUGCUCCUGGCACUGAGAGGGAACCAGACCAUGGUGGAGAUCCUGUGCCUGAUGCUGGAAUACAACAUCAUCGAUAACAAUGACACCCAACUGCAGAUCAUCUCAACCCUGGAGAGCACGGACGUAGGCAAGCGCAUGUAUGAGCAGCUGUGUGACCGGCAGCGGGAGCUGAAGGAGCUGCAAAGGAAAGGUGGACCCACCAGGCUAACACUGCCCUCCAAGUCCACAGACGCUGACUUGGCCCGUUUGCUGAGCUCUGGCUCCUUCGGAAACCUGGAGAACCUCAGUUUGGCCUUCACCAAUGUAACCAGUGCCUGUGCUGAGCACCUCAUCAAACUGCCUUCUCUCAAGCAGCUGAACCUGUGGUCCACUCAGUUUGGAGACGCCGGCCUGCGGCUCCUGUCGGAACACCUCACCAUGCUCCAGGUGCUGAACCUGUGCGAGACCCCUGUCACCGACGCCGGCCUGCUGGCCCUCAGCUCCAUGAAGAGUCUGUGCAGUCUAAAUAUGAACAGUACCAAGCUCUCGGCCGACACCUAUGAAGAUCUGAAGGCCAAGCUGCCCAAUCUGAAGGAGGUGGACGUCCGCUACACAGAGGCCUGGUGAACCUCUGGCCGCGCAAGAGUCGUCUGCAAGCGCAAUGAGACAACUUGACUAAUAGCUGUAGACCAGCCGUCCCUGGGGUCCCACCUCAGCGUUCCGGCUGAGAAAUAGAUGGGGGAGUCUAUUUGGGGGCGGAGGGUGGAGGGAGGAGGGGGGGAGGGGUUUCCAGAAGUAUGCCCAGCCCCCACCUAAAUCUUUUAGCUUCAUAAUUGGAAACCUUGACCUGAUCUAAAACGGACUUCGUAGCAACAAGAG